CCUUCCCUCUCUCUACUUUGCUCCUACUUUCCUCUAAGUCAACAUGAGCCGGCAGUUUAGCUCCCGGUCUGCGUACCGGAGUGGAGGGGGCUUCAGCGGCGUAGGGGGCUUCAGCUCUGGCUCUGCUGGGAUAAUCAACUACCAGCGCAGAACCACCAGCAGCUCCUCACGCCGCAGUGGGGGAGGCGGUGGCAGAGUCUCUGGAGGCUUUUGUAGUGGUGGUGCUGGUGGCGGUGGUUUUGGAAGUCGGAGUCUUGUCAAUCUUGGUGGCAGUAAAAGCAUCUCCAUCAGUGUGGCGAGAGGGGGUGGACGUAGCAGUUUCGGUGGUGGUUAUGGGGGUGGCAGCUUUGGGGGUGGCAGCUUUGGGGGUGGUGGCUUUGGGGGUUUUGGGAGUGGUGGUGGUUUUGGGGGUGGUGGAUAUGGGGGUGGUGGAUUUGGGGGUGGUGGAUAUGGGGGUGGCUAUGGGCCUGUCUGCCCCCCUGGUGGCAUACAGGAAGUCACUGUCAACCAGAGCCUUCUGCAACCUCUCAAUGUGGAGAUCGACCCAGAGAUCCAAAAAGUAAAAUCUCGAGAAAGGGAGCAAAUCAAGUCACUCAACAACCAAUUUGCCUCCUUCAUCGAUAAGGUGAGGUUCCUGGAGCAGCAGAAUCAGGUGCUGCAAACAAAAUGGGAGCUGCUGCAGCAGGUGGACACCUCCACGCGAAGCCACAAUUUAGAGCCUCUCUUUGAGCAAUAUAUCAGCAACCUCAGAAAUGAAGUGGAGCGUUUGAAGAGCGAUCAAAAUCGGAUGGAUAUGGAGCUGAAGAACAUGCAAGACAUGGUGGAGGAUUACCGCAACAAAUAUGAGGAUGAAAUCAACAAGCGGACAAAUGCAGAGAAUGAAUUUGUGACCCUCAAGAAGGAUGUGGAUUCUGCUUAUAUGGGAAAGGUGGACCUUCAGGCCAAGGUUGACAACUUGCGAGGUGAAAUUGACUUCCUUACCACACUCUACAAUGAGGAGCUGUCUCAGAUGCAGACCCAAAUCAGUGAGACCAAUGUCAUCCUCUCCAUGGAUAACAACCGCAACCUUGACCUGGACAGUAUCAUUGCUGAAGUCAAGGCCCAGUAUGAGGACAUUGCCCAAAGGAGCAAAGCUGAGGCUGAGUCCUUGUACCAGUCUAAGUAUGAAGAGCUGCAGAUUACUGCUGGCAAACAUGGAGACAGUGUGAAAAGUUCAAAGAUGGAGAUUUCUGAGCUGAACCGGGUGAUACAGAGACUUAGAUCUGAAAUUGACAAUGUCAAGAAGCAGAUCGCUAACUUGCAGCAGUCCAUCAGUGAUGCUGAGCAGCGUGGGGAGAAGGCCCUCAAAGAUGCCCAGAACAAACUGAAUGAUCUGGAGGACGCCCUGCAGCAGGCCAAGGAGGACCUGGCCCGGCUGCUGAAGGACUACCAGGAGCUCAUGAAUGUCAAACUGGCCCUGGACAUGGAGAUUGCCACCUACAGGACCCUCCUGGAAGGAGAAGAAAUGAGGAUGUCUGGAGAGUGUCCCCCGAACGUGAGUGUGUCUGUGAGCACCAGCCACACCACCAUCAGCGGAGGUGGUGGACGAGGAGGCGGAGGUUACGGCUCCGGCGGUGGCGGCAGUGGUAGCUACGGUUCAGGAGGUGGUGGCGGUGGCGGCAGCUACGGCUCUGGAGGCGGCGGCGGCGGCCGUGGCAGCUAUGGUGGCUCCGGAGGUGGCAGCUAUGGUGGCUCCAGAGGAGGCAGCAGUGGGGGCCACAAAAGCGGCUCUGGAGGAGGAGGCAGCAGCUCUGGCGGUUGGGGUUCUGGUGGUGGCAGCUCUGGAGGCUCCUUGGGAGGCCGGGGAUCUAGCUCUGGGGGUGUCAAGACCUCUGGUGGCAGUUCCAGCGUGAAGUUCAUUUCCACCAGUUAUUCCCGAGGGACCAGAUAAAGUGGUCCUCUCUGUCCCAUUAGCUCUCCCCCUCCAUCACUACCAAGUUUACUUGGCAAGACCAAGGUCAUUUGUUUCAGCCUUCAUGGAGAAAAGAGCUAUGGUUAAUCAUGCCAGCUCAUCUUAUUUCCCCAGCUCUUUCUUUUCUGCUCUACUUCCCAAAGAAGUUUUCAGAUCAGUGGCUAUCUCACUUCCCUGACAAUGACCCUGCUUUGUGCUUUGCCUGAGAAACAGUUCAGCAGUUACCAUCGCACACGUGACAUUUCAAAACACCCCAUCAAGCCAGCUAGAGUAGGACUGGCUAGACCCAGGGCUUCUUUGCCAGGCUCAGAGCAAUCUCUCUGGACAGCCCCUCCGUACCCUGUCUGCUUUGGUUUUGUACAUAAGGUGUGAGCAAGUUGUUUGUCUUUUGUGGAAAGGUCUUAAACUCCCCGUUGCCUUGUUUUGCUGCAAUAAACUGCAUUUGAAAUUCUC